AAGUGUCUGGACUGGAAGAGGGUGAAAGUGUCCGGACUGGAAGGGGGUGAAAGUGUCCGGACUGGAAGGGGGGGAAAGUGUCUGGACUGGAAGAGGGUGAAAGUGUCCGGACUGGAAGGGAGUGAAAGUGUCCGGACUGGAAGGGGGGUGAAAGUGUCCGGACUGGAGGGGGGGGAAAGUGUCUGGACUGGAAGGGGGGGGGAAGUGUCCGGACUGGAAGGGCGGUGAAAGUGUCCGGACUAGAAGGGGGGGAAAGUGUCCGGACUGGAAGGGGGGGGAAAG